AUGAUGCCUAAUAUAUUUAAUAGCAGAUUAUCUAUUAUUAAGAUAUUCAAACGAUCCUCUGCAUUAUUUAUAAAUGGUCCAAAAGCCACAGAUAAUUUUGUUUAUGUAACACCACAUAUAGAUUUCCCUGAGCGUAUAAAACACAAAGAUCUUUUAAAGAGUGAAUUAUGUAAAAGACAUGCAAAGAAUAAUCUUGACAAACUUGUGGAACUGUGGUCUGUGUAUGAAGAACUGAAAACAAGAAAAAAGGAAUUAGAUGAGAAAAAAGCACAAGUCUCAACAGAACUGGGAAAACUAUUGAAAGAGGGGACACAAGGUGAUAAUCUUGAAAAGCUAAAAAUACAACUUUCUCUUCUUAAAGAAAAUAUAAAAAAAAUCAAGGUACCUCUGUGGUCAGCUGAAGAAAUGGCUGUAGUGGAAUCAUUGAAACUACCAAAUGGGCUGCAUCCUCGCACACCAGAUCAAAAUAGAGAUAUUCUAUUUCAACACAGUUCUCCAUCUCCAAAUAAUAAAAAUCACUUGGAAAUUGGUAGAGAGCAAGAUCUAAUGUGUUUUACUAAAAAUGAGAACUAUUAUUUACUGAGUGAUUUGGCAGUUUUUGAGCUGGGAGCAAAGUUUCAUUUCAGCAACUACUUAAGACAGAAUAAUUUUACUCAAUUCUCCAAUCCAGACUUUACUAAAAGCUUGGUAGUGGAAGGUUGUGGUGCAGAUUAUACAAAUCCAGAUUCAACAUUUAUAUUACAUAAUAAUGAAGACACUGAGGGAGUUUCUGGCAGUCGAUUGCAUUUAACCGGAGCUGCGUCUUUGUAUUCAUUCUUCGCAUAUCACACAAAAAAUGUCUUAUACAGUAAAGUUUUGCCAAUUAAAUAUUUUACUAUAGGAAGGCAGUAUAUUCCUUCACCUACAGAAGAAGAUAGUCUAUUUCAUGUAAGCCAAAGUUCUGUCGUUGAAAUCUUUAUAUCUACAAGAAAUAGUGCAGAGCUUGAUGAAAUGUUGGAGAAUGUCAUUGAUGUAACUAAGGAAUUGUACACCCAACUUGGCUACCAUUUUCGCUUGAGUUUAAUACCAGCUGAUAAGUUAAAAAUGUGGGAAUCAUUAAGGUUGGCUAUAGAAAUGUACUCAAGUUCACAGAAAGGUUAUGUAGAAGUCGGGAAUAUUUCCUUGAGUGGGGACUUCAUAAGCAAACGGCUUAUGUUUACUUACACAGAGGAGAAACAAUAUAAAUUCCCUUUUAUUUUGUCUGGUACAAUUUUAAACAUACCUAAGCUUUUAGGAUGUAUUUUGGAACAAAACACUCACUUUGUUGUACCAGAACAAUUCAAAGUGGAAAAUUGGAGGGGAAAGCAUUAGGUGUUUUUUGUAUCAGUGAUACAUAAUUACUAUGUGUAACAUAAUAAAAUUAUUUAAUCAAAUAAA